UAAACACACCACCCGUCUUCCCCCAAAGCGUGUCCUUUAAUUCCUUCCUCUUUCUUGUGCGCCAAAGAGGUCAAAUAAUGGCGAAGCUGCUGCCGAUCUCCCUCCUUGUCGCUGCCCUCGUCCUCGGCCCCGCCUCCGCCCUGUCCCAGGCCGCCGCCAGCGGCGCAGUCGGGGAUCUGCCACUUGGUUGGAUCCCGUCGCUUUCCGGCUGCCGCGGCAGCAUUGCGGAGUGCCUCGCUGGCGAGGAGUUCGACCUCGGAUCGGAAGUCAGCCGCCGGAUCCUGGCCACUUCGAACUACAUCAGCUACGGCGCCCUCAGGCGCGACACCACCCCAUGCUCUCGCCGCGGCGCGUCCUACUAUAACUGCCGCCCGGGCGCCCAGGCUAACCCCUACUCCCGCAGCUGCUCCGCCAUCACCCAGUGCCGAAGCUAGAUGGAUCCUGCAGAUCUGUGCUCCGGUGUGGGGAAAUACCAUUUUAAUGAUGAAAAAAGAGGAAUUUGGUAUGUGGUUUUGGUUGUUCUGUCGUUGUUUUCAAUAAUUGUUGCUGUAAUUGAUGAUAAUGCUGUUGUUCGAUUGGUGUUGUAAACAGGUAAUAUACGAUUCGUGUAAAGAAAAACUAAUUUCCUUGGAAAUUUGAUGCUUGAUAGUUUGCCCA